GGGGCGGGGCGGAGGGCGGGUCAGCUGACGGAGCGCCGGCCAAUGGGGAGCGAGCGCGCGGUGUUUUGGAGUCGCCAGGCCGAUGGAUCGCAGCGACAUUUACUACUCGGACCGUUACAACGACGGCGAGUUCGAGUACCGCCACGUGAUGCUGCCGAAGAAGAUCGCCAAAAUGAUGACCAAGGCUCACCUCAUGUCGGAGACGGAGUGGCGUAACCUGGGCGUUCAGCAGAGUCCGGGUUGGAUACACUACAUGAUUCACGAGCCAGAGCCUCACAUCCUGUUGUUCAGGAGGCCGCUGCCGAAGAAAGAACCGGAAGGAAUCUGACCCCCCCACCCACCCACGCACACAGCACCCUCUUGUCAGCAUCUCCCCCUCUCUUACCCCUCCUCCUCCACCGAUGCUGCUGACCACCUGCCUCCGACCACCGCCGCCUGCCUGUCUCCGAGCACCACCCUUCGGUCGCCUGGAAGAAGCGGAGCUUGGAAGGGUUCGGGGAGGGAGGGAGCGCGGUCACCCGGUCCUGCUUCCUCUCCGCAUUUUGUUCUAGUCUUUGGAGACUCGGAAGUCUGAUCCUUUAACCCCCUUUUCCACCCCGAGCUCACGGAUCUGUUUUUUAAGCCUCUGGAAUCAUGAACUACGCAACACUCGGAUGGUGGGAGGUUCAUUCUACGUUUCCCAGCAGCGGAAUCAGGCCAUUCGGCCCCCAUAGACUCUACUCCGCCAUUUCCAUUACGGCUGACCUCUCAACCCCAUUCUCCUGCCUUCUCCCCUUAACCCCUAACCCCCGUACUAAUCAAAAAUCUGUCAAUGUUCAAGAAAGAACUGCAGAUGCUGGAAAAAUCGAAGGUAGACAAAAAUGCUGGAGGAACUCAGCGGGUGAGACAGCAUCUAUGGAGCGAAUGAAUAGGUGACGUUUCGGGUCGAGACCCUUCCUGGUGAGGCAGCAUCUAUGGAGCAAAUGAAUAGGUGACGUUUCGGGUCGAGACCCUUCCUGGUGAGGCAGCAUCUAUGGAACGAAGAAAUAGGUGACGUUUCGGGUCGAGACCCUUCCGGGUCUCGACCCGAAACGUCACCUAUUCCUUCGCUCCAUAGAUGCUGCCUCACCCGCUGAGUUUCUCCAGCAUUUUUAGUCCCUCUAAGAAUCUGUCAAUCUUUGCUGUAAAAAUAUCCACUGACUUGGCCUCCACCGCCGUCUGUGUGGCAAUGAAUUCCACAGAUUCACCACCCUCUGGCUAACGAAAUUCCUCCUCAACUCGUUUCUAAAGGAACGUCCUUUUAUUCUGAGGCUGUGCCCUCUGGUCCUAGACUCUAGACUCUCCCACUAGUGGAAACAUCCUCUCCACAUCCACGCCUUUCACUAUUCGGUUAACUUGAAUGAGGUUCCCCCCCUAAUUGACUCUAACGUUGUCAGUCACUGGAGAGCUUGCGGGGGAGUCUGCUGGUCGAUGUUGUGGAGAGGUCUGUCAUAAUCUACACUUUCCCUGUCCUAGUCUAUCCUUGUCUUUUCCCAGUCCCCUGUUUCCCUGACAGCUGGUUUUACCUGAGCCUAGUCACCCACUGUGCGAUGUUUAGUUUUUAAUUUAGAUUCAGAUUCAAUUUGAAUUGUCAUUGUCCGUGUACAGUACAGAGACAACGAAAUGCAUUUAGUUUAGAGAUACAGCGCGGAUUUGAAUGGCGAGAGUCGCCCCUUUAAACUUCCGAGAUACAGCGCGGAAACAGGCCCUUCAGCCCACGCCCACCAGCGAUCAACCCGUACUAUCCUACACAACACUGGGGGACAAUUUACAAUCUUUACCAAAGCCAAUUAACCUACAAACCUGUGCACAUCAUUGGAGUGUGGGAGGAAACCGGAGCACCCGGAUAAAACCCACGCAGGUCACGAGGGAGAACGUAACGUGCAAACUCCACAGAGACAGCACCCAGCUUCGUCCCAAAGACUAGCCCAUGCGGGUUUGUAGGCUAAUUGGCCCCUCUGUAAAUUGCCCCCUAGUGUGUGGGGAGUGGAUGUAAAAUUAGACUAGAAGGAGGGUGCCACUCUGGCACAGUUAGUAGAGUUGCUGCCACCUCAACGCCAGAGACCCGGGUUCCAUCCUGACCUCGGAUGCCGUCUGUCUGUGUGGAGCUUGCACGUUCUCCCUGAGACCGCGUGGGUUUCCCCCGGGUGCUCCGGUUUCCUCCCGCGUCCCAAAGACGGGUCUGUGGGUCGGUGGGCCCCCUCUGUAAAUUGCCCCCCUGGUGCGUAGGGAGCGGGUGAGAGAGUGGAAUAACGUGGAACUAACGUGUGGACGGACGAUCGCUGGUCGGCGAGGACUACGUGGGGCCCAAGGGCAAACUCUCACCUAACGGCGCAGUUGAGACCCCUGUUCCUGCGAGCCAACAAGCCAACACCGUUCUGUCCUCUUGUGGGUGAGAAGGCAGUCUUGGAGCAGGAAAGGCCGUUAGAUUGCGGGAUGAGCCAUUCCGAGAUUCCCAA